AGAUCCUCUGUUUAAGCCAAAAGCCCGGGAGAGCUUUCUCCUUCCUUCGUCCCCAAAAAUCCCUCUCUAGGGUUUAUCAUUCAUCAUCUAAAAUUGGACUGAUCCGUAUCUUCAAUGGCGUCUUCUCCUUUCUCGUUGACCAGCUCCACUGUUCUCCCUCCUUUCCCUGCCCCAAAGACUCCCUUCCUACUUCACCGGCCCUGCUUCGGUGCUCCCCCACACUCAAAGCCCUUCCUCCGUGGAACUCUAUGUGUCGCUCGUCUCGGGUUCAGGCCCGACCAGGAGACUGCGGAAUAUGCGAUUCGGGAGCUGUUCAGCAGAGCGGAGGGCUUGAUUUACACUGUCGCCGAUGCUGCCGUGUCGGCCUCUGACACUGUCGUGGAUACUACUAGUGCCGCCAAACAGAACAAUGACUGGCUUUCCGGUAUUGCCAAUUACAUGGAGGCUGUGCUUAAGGUUCUAAAGGACGGGUUUUCCACUUUACACGUGCCUUACGCUUAUGGAUUCGCGAUCAUUCUUCUGACGGUUCUUGUUAAGGCUGCAACGUUUCCUUUGACAAAGAAACAGGUGGAAUCUGCAAUGGCCAUGCGGUCUUUGCAACCUCAGAUAAAGGCAAUUCAGCAGCGGUAUGCAGGAGAUCAGGAGAGAAUCCAGCUUGAGACUGCUCGACUGUAUAAACUAGCUGGAAUAAAUCCUCUUGCUGGUUGCUUGCCCACCCUUGCCACUAUACCUGUAUGGAUUGGGCUUUAUCGAGCACUUUCAAAUGUGGCAGAUGAGGGGCUCCUUACAGAAGGUUUCUUCUGGAUACCUUCCCUGGCUGGCCCAACAACAAUUGCAGCUCGACAAAAUGGCAGUGGCAUUUCUUGGCUUUUUCCUUUUGUGGAUGGUCAUCCACCUCUUGGGUGGUCGGAUACCUUGGCAUAUCUUGUGUUACCUCUGUUGCUGGUAAUUUCACAAUACAUAUCUGUGCAGAUAAUGCAGUCAUUUCAGCCUCAGAGUAAUGAUCCAAACAUGAAGAAUUCUCAAGCAAUAACCAAGUUCCUUCCUGUGUUGAUUGGCUACUUCGCUCUAUCUGUUCCUUCCGGUUUAAGUCUUUAUUGGUUCACAAACAAUAUUUUGAGCACAGCACAGCAAGUGUGGCUUCAAAGGUUAGGCGGCGCCAAAAACCCGUUGGCACAAUCUGCUGAAACUAUCAUCAAACAAGAAGAAGAACGAGUUCAGAAGACUGGUUCUGAUUUAACUGCUGCUAGAAUGGAACCAGUGAAAGAAAAGUUGAUUGCUGAGGGUCCACGUCCCGGUGAAAGAUUUAAGCAAAUAAAGGAACAAGAGGAAAGGCAGAAACGUGAAAGGGAACAACAAAAGAAACCAGCAGAGGAAACGGUUCUAUCCAAUGAAAGGAACGAGGAAGACAGAACUUUAAGAUCUGGGUCGGUGAAUGGAGCGAUUGAUGAACAUAAGACCGAAUUCAAUACUCGUGAUUCCUCAAAUGGUGGGGUUGCAGUGAAUGGUGGGCUUUCCAAUCCUGUUUCGAAGGAAGAACAGAAAGAGCAGUCCGUCCAGUUAGAAAGCAGUGACGCUUCAACGAGCCACGAGGCUCAAGGGGUCAACGAUAGGAACCAGUCGUGAAGUUGCAGACAGGGAGAUAUACUCAAAACCUUCACGAAGAAUCGCCAUCAUGGCAAAGGGCAAUUUUCCAUGGAAGUUGAUCGAGUGAGGAGUUAUCGAUCAAAAGAUACACAUAUACAAUCCAUCAAAAGUGAAGAAGAGCACCUUAACUUAAGCACGAUGUAUGAUCAGUAUAGCCUCAAUCAUGGAAAACCGAGACGGCUUCAUUGACCAUGCCAGCCUUCCUAUGAGCUGCAGGCUGCGGAUGGUGAGAUACAAUGAUUUUGUUCAAGUGGGUGUAAAUUGUUUUUGAGUGGGAAAGGAUUUGGGCCUUUCAUAUACACGGCGACUAUCUUGUAUCCAUUGUAUAUUCGUUACAAUAAUGAAUGGGGAAGGAAUUAGCCCUUGUUAGCCAGUGAAA